AAAGCAAAAUAGAAAAGAAGCGAAUUCGAAGAAGCAAUGGCACUAUUGAUGGAAAAGGGGUCUGAACCCCAAACCGAAAGCGAAAGAGAUGACCUUGAUGCCAUAGCCGCUCUCAAAGAAAAUACAGCUAUUGAACCCAAGGACAAGGGUAACGAGUAUGUGAAGAUGGGCAAAAAGUACUUCGCUGAUGCCAUAGAUUGCUACACGAGAGCAAUAAAUCAGCAAGCUUUGAGUGACUCUGACACUUCUCUUCUCUUUUCAAGUAGGGUCCAUGUCAAUCUUUUACUUGGUAACUACAGACGUGCUCUUACUGAUGCUGAGGACUCAAUUAAGCUCUGUUCCACUAAUGUCAAGGCUCUGUGCCGAGCUUCCAAAGCGUAUUUUGCAUUCAACUUGUUGCCUGAAUCAACUCUGCAUUGCCAAAAUGGACUUAAGCAUGACCCAAGUAACGAAGAGCUAAAGAAGCUGUUAAGGCAAAUUGAGUCAAAGAAGAUGGAACAUGGACAGCGUGAGGCUCAAGUUUCCAAGGCUUUAUCAGAGGCUAAGGACCUUGUUUCCGGGAUCGAAAGUAGAGGACUGAAAAUUGGGAAGGCAAUGUAUCAAGAACUUACAGGAUUAAGAAAGCCUGUAUUAGAUAAGAAUAAUAUUCUUCAUUGGCCAGUUCGUCUGCUGUAUGUAGAGGUUAUGUCCAGUGACUUCAAUGAGGAUUUCUGUGAGACUGAAAUGUUGUCAGCUAAUCUGGACAUGAUGUCUUCAGAAAACUGCCCACCUUUGUCAUGGGAUCAAGAACACAAUUACACUCGUGAAGCUGUUGAAUUAUACUAUGAAAAUGUAACCAGUGUUUUCAAAGGCAUGCCUUCGCGCGCGUCGGAGCGCGCGUCGGCGCGAGGCGGCAGGGAAACGCCCGAGGCGAUCGGCCGUUUCGGACGUUUAGCGAUGGGAAGGCGUAAGAAGGCGUUGCAAGGCAUGUUGAAGCGUAGCGAGGCGGAGCAAGGCGUGCAGAUCUGGAAACCUCUGAACCGGAAGAAUUUUGCUCGUCUGCAAACUCUUACGCCUCAACGCUUCAAGGCUUACGCCUCGCGUAGCACUACUGAAAACGUCUCGCCUAUACGCCUCGCCUUUGAAAACAUUGAAUGUAACAGCUUUACAGUUUCUGAUCUCCAAAAUAGGAGGAAAAUCAGUUAUGGAAUUACGGACCUAAGCGUAUUUGGUCUCCACUUGUCUUCUAUUUCACUAUGGAAUCUAUUAGAUUCUCCUAAUUCUUGGCCAUCCACCUCUGGAAUUUCUUGGGAUCUUUUUGUCACAAUAAAUAGCCUUUAG